CAGCAGCUCUACCACUGGGACUGCGGGCUGGCCUGCUCCAGGAUGGUUCUGCAAGGAACAUGAGCUUAGGUGCAGGAGAAAUACCUAUUUAGAUGUCCACUUAGUAGCUAUGAAGCAGAAGAUUUUCAUUUCUCUCCAUCCCUACUGCCAAGACGUUAGUCCGUGUGCUGGUACCUGAACCACCUGGACAACGAUGAAUUCCAGAAAGCCAUCCAUGAACUCCGGUUAACAAAGAGCAUCUGGACCAUCGACCUGGCCUACCUGAUGCGGCACUUUGGUGUUAAGCAUAAAUUUUGCACCCAGACGCUUGGAGUGGACAAGGGCUACAAAAACCAGUCAUUCUACAGGAAGCACUUUGACACAGAAGAGAAUCGAGUGAAUCAGCUGUUUGCACAAGCCAAAGCCUGCAAGGUGCUGGUGGAGAAGUGCACAGUAACUGUUCAAGACAUCCAAAAACAUCUGUCCCAAGGUCACGUAGCCAUCGUCCUGGUGAACGCAGUUCUGCUGCUGUGUGACCUUUGCUCGAGCCCUGUCAAAUACUGCUGCUUCCUCCCCAUUGGGCAGAAAUGCUUCUGCAGGAAUCCCGACUACCAGGGCCACUUCAUCGUGUUGUGUGGCUACAACAAAGCCUCAGGGAGUAUUUACUACAACAACCCAGCCUACGCAGACCGAACAUGCAGCACCAGCAUCAGUAACUUUGAGGAAGCCAGGACAAGUUACGGCACAGAUGAGGAUAUUCUCUUUAUCUACACAGACAGCUGACACCCUCAGCUGGUGCUUCCAGGCAUUUCUGGUGCAGCCUGCGUGGCAGCUGGCUGCUCAUCUCAGGACUCCCCCUGCACAGACCUUGCUUCUGAACUGCAGUGGGAUCAUAUGCAAGGGAGGCUUUAUAGACAUUGCUAGGACUAUACUGCAGUGCUGUCUUCACCUUUUUAUUCCUGAUGAAAUACCUGAUUUUGCAAUGUGUGUCACACUUCUCCCCAUUUUUAAUAUGGCAUAUUUGACAGCAGUUUUAAAAUGCAGGCCCAGAGUCUGUUGGCUUUAAGACUAUUUUCAAAUUAAACACAUGGAGAAAAAAGCAACAAGCUUAUGAACUUACACACUUAGGCAGAUGUGCAUAGAUUUAGGUAAACAAAACCAACAAAAACGGCAAAUACCCAUUUUUCCUCUUUCCUUCAAAACAUAAGGGCUGAUCUUCAUUCUAUACCUAGAUAUUUGAGGUUCAGCAGGAUAUUUUGGAAGGAAAAAUAUUAAGUCAACAAAAUAGUCUCACUAUUUAGAAGUCAACACUGCCUACACUGUAGGAAUGAAACACUUUCACUCGAGGAAAUUUCCCACUUACUAAAUUCACCUUACACAGCUUUAGCGUUUAUGGCACUGAAUGAAGUUUUGAAAUGUAGCUAUGGGUACUGUUCCCUUGCACUACGUUCUUAGUCUCAUUUGUGACCACUUCCUCUAGGAGUGAUGGCCCCGAGCUCUGUGUUAUCCCAAAAGUUGAGGUGAGGAUAUUUUAUUCAGACUGAAGAGUCUUUAUGAGUCUUUGUGAGAACUUCUGUACAUUAUGCCAACUACACGUGCCAGUUUUUACACUAUCCAAAAUACAAACUGAUUAAACACAGAAAAUUAUCCACCACACACUAAUGACACAUUUUAUGAGUUAUUUUUAAACAUGUGAUAGAAGAGAGAUUGGACUAUGUAACUAAAAGCUGAAAAAACUGCGUUGUAAUUUGAGGCCAAACUCUACUGUUGCUGUUAAUUUUGUGACCUUCGAAGGAGAGAAAAACUCAUGAAAAAAAGAAGGAUUAUUGUCUUUUCUCAGCUCAAGUAAAAAAAGCAGGAACUCAGAUUUUUAGCUUUUCUUACACUGCAGCUGUAUUUGGAUUAAACUGCAGUUACUCAUUGUGCCAGACAUUUCCUAGUUAAAUUAUUAGCCCAUUUACAGUCUUUUCUUGUAUUACCUUCAUUUCCUUGUUUUGAGGAAGAGCACUGUAAAGUGCAGGAAAUAUUCACCUACUUCAGACUUACUUCCACAAUCUCCUACAUGUGUCUUCAGUCCUACCUAUGUUAAAGCAGGUAGAAAAAAACAGACAUUAUUACUAAAUUCAAGCUAGCCAAGUUUUGUUUACACUAAAGCAAGAAAUCCCACAGCUUUGCCAUGGUUUUAAGAAUAGAACUCUGAAAUAACAACAAAAAGACACUGCUGAUUAAUGGUGAAAAUAAUAAAUAGGAAUCUCUAUUUCCAGCAUGCUAAAAAGAUAAUAUUUGUAAAAGGAAACAUCAUCAUCUAUCAGUUGUUCACUUACUGAGAAGUAACCUGAGGAGGAGCUUAAGAGGCUAAAAAAGUAGUAUCAGGUAUUUAAAGUGCAACAGCCUUUAAGAAGUUUUAAACAAAGGCACAUGGCAAGAAACUUGCUGGGUAUCUGAUUCUGCUUCUUGUUGUCUAAGUUGGAAUACAUUCUGGAACUUGUAUAUCCAGGAUGAGCAAGAAUUACGGUGUGAUUUGUGAACAGUAGAAGCAGAAUACUAGUGCCAUUGCUGACAUCCCAGGAAAAGAUGAGAGUCCAAAAGCUCUCCCAGCUUCUCACUCUUCCAAAACAAGCCACCAGCACACUGCUGAUUUGGGAAAUUGUUACGUCCAAGGCCAACUUCACGAUGUUUGAUUUAGAGAGAUUCUGUUAGCUAUGUUACUCAUUAACAGAUGGGUAAACUACAGGCUGUUACUCCCUUAACACAUCCAGUUUCAGUCAGUUAAUUUAUUCAAUACCAUUCAACUGCCAUAGGAUUUAUUUUUAAGAGUGAACUUGGUUUAGCUAAAUAAACAGUUCUUAUAAAAGGUUCAGAACUGUUUUGCCCCUUCCUGGAUUCAGUUAUCCAGAUGUAAAUGCUGAACUGUACAAAAAGAUGAGGAUUGUGCCAAAUGGUCUGAAAUGCACGUUAUUGACUGUUAAGCAGUUGGUACCCAGGAUUCAAAUAGGUCAACAGAAGUGAAACAUGAAAAGCCAGUUAAGCUAAUAAAGACAAAACUAGGAUUUCUACCCACUGCAAAAGGAUUUCUUAUGGCCAGAUGGAAAAUAUUUAUGA